AAAAAAAAAAAAAGACUCUUCUAUAUUUAGCAGACAAAAUCAACUCAACAUGUCAUUUUUAUAAUAUUUGCAGCUCCAUGGAGUUACUAACAUGGGCUACUUUCUUUUUCUACUGUACAAUUGGUUUUGGCACCAGACUUGGGGCAAGGGCAACUCUGGAGCCAAAAUCUCAGGGAUCGGAGGCAGAAGCUCUUCUAAAAAGUGGGUGGUGGAGUGACAAUCCCGCUAAAUCUGCACAUCAUUGCAGCUGGCCUGGUGUAACAUGCGACGCUUCUGGAAGCGUCACCGAGAUUCAUUCAUCAGAUUAUCUCAAUGUGACAGAAAAGUUUGGAAAAAUGAACUUUUCUUCCCUCCCCAAUCUUGUUUGGCUUGAUCUCAGCAGUCUAGGAAUGGAGGGGAGCAUCCCACCUCAAAUUGGUGCUCUUUCAAGUCUCAAGCACCUUGAUCUGUCACAUAACAAUCUAAGAGGUGCGUUACCUUCUUCACUUGGAAAUCUCACUCGAUUAAUGGUUCUUGACAUUUCUUUCAAUGAAAUUGAUUCCAUCCCCAGUGAGCUAGAGAAUAUGAAGAAUCUUUUCUCCUUGAAUUUGACAAGGAAUUCCUUUGUUGGAUCGAUUCCUCGAACUCUAGGCCAUUUGACCAAUCUUGCACACUUGCACUUGGCCUCAAAUCCUUUUCAUUGUAGCAUCCCUCCAGCAAUAUGGAACCUGAAAAAUCUCGUAGACUUAGACCUGAGCCAUUGCCAAAUAAUUGGUCCCAUCUCUUCUAGUAUAAGUAAUUUGACCCACCUGGUGUCUUUGUCUCUUUCACUAAACAGUAUCAAUGGAUCCAUACCUUCAGAAAUCGGGAAGUUAAAGAAUCUGGUUACUUUAGAUUUGUCUGCAAACUUGCUUGUUGGUCCUAUACCUUCCUCCCUUGGUCAAUUAAGCAAAUUAGUUACCUUGGAUCUAUCUGGAAACAAGCUCGGUAGUCCUAUACCUUCCUCCCUCGGUCAAUUAACCAAAUUAGUUACCUUGGAUCUAUCUGGAAACACGCUUAGUGGUCCUAUACCUUCCUCCCUUGAUCAAUUAACCAAAUUAGUUUAUUUGUAUUUAUACAACAACAUGCUUGUUGGUCCGAUCCCUUCAUCUCUGGGUCAAUUAACCAAUUUGUUAACUUUGUCCCUUGGAUGGAAUAAAUUCAACAGCUGUAUCCCUCCAGAAAUUGGAAAUUUAAGGAAUCUCACAUAUUUGAGUAUCUGGGGGAGCCAACUCGUUGGUCCACUUCCUCCAACUUUGGGUCACUUGACAAAUUUGAUAACUUUGUCUUUUUAUCAAAAUCAAAUCAAUGGUUCCAUCCCUCUAGAACUAGCGAAACUUAGGAGCGUGGAAUACUUUUAUCUCAGUUCCAACAAAUUGGAGGGUUCAAUUCCCCCAUCUUUGGGUCUCUUGUCUAAUUUGAGACAUUUGUACCUUCACACAAAUAGUUUUGAGGGUUCCAUUCCACCGAAAUUAGGAAAUCUAAACAAUUUGCAAAUACUGAGUCUUAGAAACAACAAAAUAACUGGUCCAAUCCCUCCCACUCUAUUUCAUUCAACUAAUUUGGAAUCCUUGAGUCUUGGCUCAAAUCUUUUAGAAGGUUUGAUACCUGGAGAUAUUGGGAAUUCGAAAUCUUUGGCAUAUUUGAACCUUUCCCAAAACAGAUUGAGUGGACCAAUCCCAACUCAGAUUGGGUAUUGCUCCGACUUAGUACAGUUAUUGUUGAGCCGCAACUCUUUAAAUGGAAGUAUUCCUCCUCAGAUUGGCAAUCUCUCUAUGCUCUCAGUAAUUGAUGUUAGCCAUAAUUCCAUUAGUGGAGAAAUGCCUUCUCAACUUGGGGGUUUAUCAAAUUUGGUGGCAUUAGAUCUUAGUUACAAUAAUCUUUCUGGCUCUAUUCCCCAUCUGCCACAUAGUUUGAAUGAAGAUAAACUAAAUUUGUCGUACAAUUCUUUUACGGGUCAAGUCCCAAAUGACUUGCGUCGUUUUCCUCCAAGUUCUUUCGCUGGCAACAAGGAUUUAGUAAAUGAACAACUUACUGGCUCAACAUCGCUCACUGAACACAAAAGAACAAGCAGCAAAAAAUCGAGACAUGAGUCAUUGUUGAGACAUCUUAAAAUCAUUCUUGUCAGCACCAUUUGUCUUGCCUUGGUAUCUCUUGCAUUGUUGUUGCUUUACCGAAGAAUACAUAGAGCUAAAAGUAAGGAAGCAGAUGCAAGGCCAACAAAAAAUGGGGAUAUAUUCUCAAUAUGGAACUUUGACGGAAGGGUUGCAUAUAAGGACAUCAUUGAAGCGACUGAGGAUUUUGAUAUCAGAUACUGCAUUGGUACCGGUGGUUAUGGAAGUGUUUAUAGAGCACUCUUACCAAAUGGCAAAGUAGUUGCUUUGAAGAAACUUCAUCGAAGGGAAGCAGAGGAUCCAACUUUCGAUAAGUGUUUCAGGAAUGAGGUCAAGAUGUUAACAAAAAUACAACAUAAGAGCAUUGUGAAGCUUCAUGGAUUCUGCCUGCACAGGAGGUGCAUGUUUUUGAUCUAUCAAUACAUGGAAAGAGGGAGCUUGUUUUGUGUGCUCAAAAAUGACGAAGACGCUGCAGAGCUAGAUUGGAACAAAAGGGUGAAUGUCAUAAAAAACACAGCGCAUGCUUUGUCUUAUCUUCACGAUGACUGUAUUCCACCCAUCCUUCAUAGAGACAUAUCAAGCAACAACAUUCUAUUGAACUCGGAAAUGGAGGCUUUUGUUUCGGACUUUGGAAAUGCUAGGCUUUUGGAUCUUGAUUCUUCCAAUCAUACUGUACUUGCUGGCACAUAUGGUUAUAUUGCCCCAGGUUUUCUUCAUCACCAUGAUUAUUCCUAUUUCAUUCUUUACCGUUGAAUUGACAUAUUAAACAUUAUGUGCAUUU